AUGAUGAAGAGUUCUGUAGUUUGCUUUGUACUUCUCCUCCUUCCGUUAUUCAUCCAUGCAAGGCACAUUGGCAAGCUACACUCCUAUAAUGGGCAUCGGUAUCAAAGAGUGUUGUCUAGCAAGAAGGAAGCAAGUGUGAAACCUGAUUUCUAUGUGGAUCACAAGAGGGCACCAUUGAUGCACAGAAGAGCUGAUACGCUUCAGAUUGCAGGGUCGAGGUUACCGGAUUGCUCACAUGCUUGUGGAUCGUGCACACCGUGUCGAUUGGUUAUAGUUAGCUUUGUCUGCUCAUCGCUCGAAGAAGCCGAGACAUGUCCAAUGGCCUACAAAUGCAUGUGUCAUAACAAGUCUUAUCCAGUUCCAUAA